CGCGCCCCUGAGGCGGAGGUCACGGGCGGGAGGGGAGGAGGCCCGACCGAGGUAGCUGCGGAGGCCGCGGGCCGGUGACUGGGCGCGAGGCCGGCAGCGCCGGCCCCACCACUGCCAUCGCCACCGCCGCCACCAUCACCACCACCAUGUCGCGCUCCGUGCUGCAGCCUAGCCAGCAGAAGCUGGCGGAGAAGCUCACCAUCCUCAACGACCGGGGCGUCGGCAUGCUCACGCGCCUCUACAACAUCAAGAAGGCUUGUGGAGACCCCAAGGCAAAACCAUCCUACCUUAUUGACAAAAACCUGGAAUCUGCUGUGAAAUUCAUAGUCAGAAAAUUCCCUGCUGUAGAAACUCGCAACAACAAUCAACAGCUUGCACAACUGCAGAAAGAAAAAUCAGAGAUUCUGAAAAAUCUGGCGUUAUAUUACUUCACAUUUGUAGAUGUUAUGGAAUUUAAGGACCAUGUUUGUGAAUUGCUGAAUACUAUUGAUGUUUGCCAAGUCUUCUUUGACAUUACUGUAAACUUCGAUUUAACAAAGAACUACUUAGAUUUGAUCAUAACAUAUACAACACUAAUGAUACUGCUGUCUCGAAUUGAAGAAAGGAAGGCAAUCAUUGGAUUAUACAACUAUGCUCAUGAGAUGACCCACGGAGCAAGUGACCGAGAAUACCCACGCCUUGGUCAGAUGAUUGUGGAUUAUGAAAACCCUUUAAAGAAAAUGAUGGAAGAAUUUGUGCCCCAUAGCAAGUCUCUUUCAGAUGCACUCAUUUCCCUUCAGAUGGUGUAUCCUCGAAGGAACCUUUCAGCUGACCAGUGGAGAAAUGCCCAGUUGUUGAGUCUCAUCAGUGCUCCCAGCACAAUGCUUAAUCCCGCACAAUCUGACACUAUGCCUUGUGAAUAUCUCUCAUUGGAUGCCAUGGAAAAAUGGAUUAUCUUUGGCUUCAUUUUGUGCCAUGGGAUCCUAAAUACUGAUGCAACAGCACUGAACCUUUGGAAACUAGCUCUUCAAAGUAGCUCUUGCCUCUCUCUCUUUCGGGAUGAAGUUUUCCACAUUCAUAAAGCUGCAGAAGACUUAUUUGUAAACAUUCGAGGCUAUAAUAAGCGUAUUAAUGACAUAAGAGAAUGCAAAGAGGCAGCUGUGUCACAUGCUGGGUCAAUGCACAGAGAAAGACGGAAGUUUUUAAGGUCUGCACUGAAAGAAUUGGCUACUGUCCUCUCUGAUCAGCCUGGCUUGCUAGGUCCUAAGGCACUUUUUGUUUUUAUGGCAUUAUCCUUUGCCCGUGAUGAAAUUAUCUGGCUACUUCGUCAUGCAGAUAACAUGCCAAAGAAGAGUGCAGAUGACUUUAUAGAUAAGCACAUUGCUGAAUUAAUAUUUUAUAUGGAAGAGCUUAGAGCACAUGUAAGGAAAUAUGGACCUGUAAUGCAGAGAUAUUACGUGCAGUACCUUUCUGGCUUUGAUGCUGUUGUCCUCAAUGAGCUUGUGCAGAAUCUUUCUGUUUGCCCUGAAGAUGAAUCGAUCAUCAUGUCCUCUUUUGUUAACACUAUGACUUCUCUAAGUGUAAAACAAGUUGAAGAUGGGGAAGUAUUUGAUUUCAGAGGAAUGAGAUUAGAUUGGUUUCGAUUACAGGCAUAUACUAGUGUCUCUAAGGCUUCACUUAGCCUUUCAGAUCACAGAGAACUUGGAAAGAUGAUGAAUACAAUAAUUUUUCACACAAAAAUGGUAGAUUCCUUGGUGGAAAUGUUGGUGGAAACAUCAGAUCUCUCCAUAUUUUGUUUUUAUAGUCGUGCUUUUGAGAAGAUGUUUCAACAAUGUUUGGAGUUACCCUCUCAGUCAAGAUACUCAAUUGCAUUUCCACUACUUUGCACUCAUUUUAUGAGUUGCACACAUGAACUGUGUCCAGAAGAGAGACAUCAUAUUGGAGAUCGCAGUCUUUCCUUAUGUAAUAUGUUCCUUGAUGAAAUGGCCAAACAAGCUCGAAAUCUCAUCACUGAUAUUUGCACAGAACAGUGUACUCUUAGUGACCAGUUGUUGCCCAAGCAUUGUGCCAAAACCAUCAGUCAAGCAGUGAAUAAGAAGUCUAAAAAACAGACUGGUAAGAAAGGGGAACCUGAAAGGGAAAAACCAGGAGUUGAAAGCAUGAGGAAGAACAGGCUGGUCGUGACCAACCUUGAUAAGUUGCACACUGCACUUUCCGAGUUGUGUUUCUCUAUAAAUUAUGUACCAAACAUGGUGGUUUGGGAACAUACUUUUACCCCACGAGAAUAUUUGACUUCUCAUCUGGAAAUCCGCUUUACUAAGUCAAUUGUUGGAAUGACUAUGUAUAAUCAAGCCACACAGGAAAUUGCAAAACCAUCAGAGCUUCUAACAAGUGUAAGAGCAUACAUGACUGUGCUCCAGUCAAUAGAAAACUAUGUGCAAAUUGAUAUUACAAGAGUAUUUAAUAAUGUUCUUCUUCAGCAAACACAACAUUUAGACAGUCAUGGAGAACCAACCAUUACAAGUCUGUACACAAAUUGGUAUUUGGAAACUUUGUUAAGACAAGUCAGCAAUGGUCAUAUAGCUUAUUUCCCUGCAAUGAAAGCAUUUGUGAAUUUACCUACGGAAAAUGAAUUAACAUUUAAUGCAGAGGAAUAUUCUGACAUAUCAGAAAUGAGGUCAUUAUCAGAGCUGCUUGGCCCAUAUGGUAUGAAGUUCCUAAGUGAAAGCCUUAUGUGGCAUAUUUCAUCACAAGUUGCUGAACUUAAGAAACUUGUGGUGGAGAAUGUUGAUGUGCUAACACAAAUGCGGACCAGCUUUGACAAACCCGACCAGAUGGCUGCCCUCUUUAAAAGAUUAUCGUCUGUUGACAGUGUCUUGAAGAGGAUGACAAUAAUUGGUGUAAUUUUAUCCUUCCGAUCAUUGGCACAGGAAGCACUCAGAGAUGUCUUGUCCUACCACAUUCCUUUUCUUGUCAGUUCAAUUGAAGAUUUCAAGGAUCACAUUCCAAGGGAAACUGAUAUGAAGGUUGCAAUGAAUGUGUAUGAAUUAUCAUCAGCUGCUGGAUUACCUUGUGAGAUUGAUCCUGCCUUGGUGGUAGCUCUUUCCUCACAAAAAUCAGAAAACAUAAGUCCAGAAGAGGAAUAUAAAAUUGCCUGCCUCCUCAUGGUCUUUGUGGCCGUUUCUUUGCCCACACUGGCCAGUAAUGUGAUGUCUCAGUAUAGCCCUGCUAUAGAAGGGCACUGCAACAACAUACAUUGCUUGGCCAAAGCCAUCAACCAGAUCGCUGCAGCUUUGUUUACAAUUCACAAAGGAAGCAUUGAAGAUCGGCUUAAAGAAUUUUUGGCGCUUGCAUCCUCCAGUCUACUGAAAAUUGGCCAGGAGACAGAUAAAACAACUACACGAAAUAGAGAAUCUGUUUAUUUACUGCUAGAUAUGAUUGUGCAGGAAUCCCCAUUCCUGACAAUGGAUCUUUUGGAAUCUUGUUUUCCUUAUGUCUUGCUGAGAAAUGCAUACCAUGCUGUCUACAAGCAAAGUGUUACAUCCUCUGCAUAAAAUACCUACUUAUUGAAGACAAGCACGCAUUUUUGUUGCCUCUGUUUUACCUGUAAACUGUGGAACUGUUAGACCUGAAAAACAGUUUUGUGGAUUAUAAAUUUCUUUCAUAUGGUUGUAUUUUCUGAUCAUCAGUUUCUUAAUAUGGUUGUACUUCAAUAUACUUGGUUGAUUUAGGUUGCACAUUUAUGGAAUUCACUGAAAUUAUUCCAAUAAUUUUAGAAUAUCAUUUGUUUGAAAAACAUACAUUCUCUAUGUUUUUGAUAUUUGAUAAUGAAAAAAAAAUCUUUGCUUGUUUAUUUCUGAAAAAGAACUGUAUUUAGUGAUUAUUUUAGAUAGUGAUAUCAUAGCAUUCAUUGUGUGUAAAUUAUUUCAUAUAGGGAAGAGUUCUGACCUGUACCUACUAUGGUUCUUAUUGAAAACAAAACUGGAUGUGCAUUUCUGUGAUGUUAUGAAUACAUUUCUACUUUAUUUUGAAACAUUUGCCAAACUAAUUACUAUAACACUGUAUAACAUUAAAAGUGUUCAUGGACUGCUUAGCAUUAGAAGCAGACUGUGUCCCCAAAUUCUAAAACAGCAGCAAAUGUUGUUGCCUGUAUAAAGCCUGAUAGUAAUUUUUAGACUAAUUUCCACAGUGCCCUGUUGGCAUUAGCACCAUUGCACCCUGCUGUAUAAUAAACAAUCUUAGACAUUUAUCAACUGUUGAUACAAAUGUUAGUCCCUAACCACUUUUUAUAUGUUUUAAAUUUUUGAAAUUCAAGUGUACCUGCCAUAACAAAAUAAACACUAGACUAUCACA